UUUAUGAAAUACUUAGCAGUCUUGUUGAUUUUGUAUACAUCAUUACUUUGCACCUGCUAAACUAAAAGUACAGAAAAGAAUGAGUAAACUGUAUUUUUUGUUUUUUCGGAAGAAUGCUAUGAUAGAUUGAUCAUCUAAAAAGAUUUCUUACAUAUUGAAUGCAUAAAAAAGACUUUGUCUGAAAUUAUUAGCUAUUCAAUUGUAGCUUUAUCAGUCAUUUUAAAAGCACCUUAGAUUUUUAAGAUUAUCUAAAAAUCUAAAGUCACAGGAUUGUCAUUUGAUUCAAUAUUCUUUGAAGUAAUGAAUAUAUUUAAUAAUAGCUCUUUGUUUAUUCAUUUUCUAUUGCUUAUAAUAUGCAUAAAUAAAAUCCUUGGAAACUUUAUGCUGAGAAUGUAGCUAUAUUAAUUUAAACUGUGAUUAUUGUUGCUCUUUAUAAGAUAUAUGAAAAAUCAUUCACCCUCAGAUAAUUUUAUGUUAGGACUGCCAUAUUUAUUGGUGUAAACUUCCCAUUUUUUACAGGAAUGGUUCCUAAUAGUGUAUUUAACUUAGCAAUAAUCAUUAAUAUUUGUUUGAGUAAAUUUGUGAAGUGAUUAUAUUUUUAGUAAUGUUUGCUAGACUACCAUAAAUAUGGUCAAACUUUAGAAAUAAAGACACUGGAUAACUUGCAUUUAUAACAGUAUUUUUAUAAUUUGCAGGUGCAGCUGCAAGAUGCUUCACAAUUUUGGUUAGUUCAACAGAUGGAAUGUUGAUAGUAAUAAAAUAUUAAAUAUAUUAUUUAGCUUUUAAAUAUCAUCGGUGUAACUCUGAACUUUACUCUAGUGUUUUAAAUGAUAACAUAUUGGAAUUCAAAAAAAGGAAAGACAGAUUGAGUUUAUAGUAUAAAUUAUUAAUCAUAC